ACACAUAGAUCGCUGAUGCAGGUUCAGCGAGGACGUGCAGGAGGAGACCGCUGGAGAGAGAAGAGGAGAGGGGAGGAUAGAGUCUCCCAACCGGCACAAAUCUAUUACAGCUAUAUUUAUUGAUUAUUGUAAUUUAAUAUAUUGUAAGUAACAAAAGGGAAAAUGGCUCAAUCGGACAAUAAGAGGUUUUUUGAGAACCUGACAGGCGCUGGGAAAGCCAUCGCGGUGCUGACAAGCGGAGGAGAUGCGCAAGGAAUGAACGCUGCUGUUCGGGCUGUUGUCCGUAUGGGAAUUUAUGUAGGAGCCAAAGUCUACUUCGUUCACGAGGGUUAUCAGGGUAUGGUGGAUGGAGGCGACAACAUAAAAGAGGCGACUUGGGAGAAUGUGUCCAGCAUGCUGCAAGUGGGUGGCACAGUUAUUGGGAGCGCACGAUGCAAAGAUUUCCGCACUCAUGAGGGUCGCCUGAAGGCUGCUCAUAAUCUCAUACAGAGAGGCAUCACCAACUUGUGUGUUAUUGGUGGAGACGGCAGCUUGACCGGGGCCAAUCUCUUCAGAGAAGAGUGGAGCGGCCUGCUGGCAGAGCUGGUCCAGCAAGGUCUAAUUGAUGAAGACGCGGCUCAGAAGUACUCUGCUCUUCACAUUGUGGGAAUGGUGGGCUCCAUUGACAAUGACUUCUGUGGCACGGACAUGACGAUAGGAACAGACUCAGCCUUGCACAGAAUCAUUGAGGUGGUGGAUGCAAUCAUGACAACAGCUCAGAGUCACCAGAGGACAUUCGUUCUGGAGGUGAUGGGCAGGCAUUGUGGCUAUCUGGCAUUGGUGAGUGCCCUGGCAUGUGGAGCUGACUGGGUGUUGAUUCCCGAAAUGCCCCCUGAGGAUGGCUGGGAAGAGAAAAUGUGUCAGAAACUCUCCGCGACUCGAUCCAGAGGUUCAAGGUUGAACAUAAUCAUAGUCGCUGAAGGAGCCAUUGACAGACAUGGAAAAGCAAUUACUUCUAGUAUAGUCAAGGAUCUGGUGGUCAGUCGUCUGGGCUUCGACACGCGCGUGACCAUCCUGGGCCACGUCCAGAGAGGAGGAACCCCUUCAGCAUUUGACAGGAUUCUGGCCAGUCGUAUGGGUGUGGAGGCAGUUCUGGCUCUGCUUGAGACCACAGCAAACACACCGGCCUGCGUGGUGUCGCUAUGUGGGAACCAGUCUGUGCGGCUGCCCCUCAUGGAGUGUGUGCAGAUGACGCAAGAAGUGCAGAAGGCCAUGGAUGGGAAACGGUUUGAAGAGGCCGUGCAGCUGCGUGGCCGGAGCUUUGAGAACAACCUGAAGACGUACAAGCUGCUGGCUCACCGCAAACCAGAGUCCGAGCUUCCGCAUAGUAAUUUUAACGUGGCUGUGUUGAAUGUGGGUGCUCCAGCGGCGGGUAUGAACGCAGCCGUUCGCUCUGCUGUCAGAGUUGGCAUCUCCGAGGGACAUAAAAUGUUCGCUGUCAACGACGGCUUUGAAGGAUUUUAUAAGGGACAGAUAAAAGAGAUUAAGUGGGCUGAUGUAGGUGGAUGGACAGGCCAGGGUGGAUCCCUGCUGGGAACUAAACGAACGCUUCCUGCAAAGCACAUUGACAAAAUUGCUGAACAGAUGCGGAAGUAUAACAUAAAUGCACUUUUAGUGAUCGGAGGAUUUGAGGCCUACUUGGGGAUCAUGGAGUUGUUAGAAGCCCGCAGGACUUAUGAGGAGUUGUGUGUGCCAAUGGUAAUGGUGCCGGCCACCGUCUCCAACAAUGUGCCCGGCUCAGACCUCAGCAUUGGUGCAGACACGGCUCUUAACGCUAUCACUGCUACGUGUGACCGUAUUAAGCAGUCUGCCAGCGGCACGAAGCGCCGUGUGUUUAUCAUAGAGACGAUGGGGGGCUACUGUGGGUAUCUGGCCACUGUCGGUGGUCUGGCUGCUGGAGCAGAUGCUGCGUACAUCUUUGAGGAGCCGUUUGACAUCAGAGACCUACAGGCUAAUGUUGAGCACUUAACAGAGAAAAUGAAGACCAGCAUUCAGAGAGGACUAGUUCUGAGGAACGAGAACAGCAAUGAAAACUACACCACAGACUUCAUCUAUCAGCUCUAUACUGAAGAAGGCAAGGGAGUGUUUGACUGCAGGAAGAACGUUCUGGGUCACAUGCAGCAGGGUGGCGCUCCUUCUCCAUUUGACCGUAACUUCGGGACCAAAAUCUCUGCAAAGGCCAUGCAGUGGAUCACCAAGAAACUGAAUGAAAGCUACAGACGUGAUGAAGGGAGAGUGUUCGCUAACACAGAAGACUCGGCCUGUUUGCUGGGCAUGCGGCGUCGUGCAAUGGUCUUCCAGCCUGUGGUUCAGCUCAAAGAUGAGACUGACUUUGUUCACAGAAUCCCAAAGGAGCAGUGGUGGCUGAAGUUGCGUCCACUCAUGAAGAUCCUGGCCAAGUAUAAAACCAGUUACGACGUGUCAGACUCUGGACAGCUGGAGCACGUGGUGGUCAACCGACCCAAAGCAUCCGAAACCACCGUUACCAUUUAAUCCUAUUUAAAUCUAAAUAACGACAGCGUUCAUAGGUCAUGCUUUCAACAGGUCCAUCUGUACUGUGAACACUGUCACCCACACUUUUGUUCUCUGGACCUGCUCUUUUUUUUGUUGUUGUUGUCAUUGCUUUUUGUUUCGACUUGUCUCAUUUUACAGAUAUCAGUGUUAAUCGUAGGAGAGUGUAAGAAGCAGUGCUGUUUUUAAUGUCCUCUCACUCGUCACACCUUGCAAUAGUGUACGCUUCAAAGCACAUAUACAGUUGAAGUCAAUAUUAUUCGCCCUCCUGUGGAUUUUCUUUAUCAAAUGUUUCCUAAAUGAUGUUUAACAGAGCAAGGAAUUUUUCACAGUAUUUCCUAUAAUAUUUUUUCUUCUAGAGAAAGUCUGAUUUGUUUUAUUUCGGCUAGAAUAAAAACAGUUUUAAAUAUUUUUAUAAAUUCAAAUUAAGCAUUUUGAGCAUUUUAAUUAAGCAUUUUGUUUUCGAUUGUCUACAGAAUAAACUAGUAUGUUUCGAAAUGUGCUCAAAAAAUCUUAUGGAGUAAACUUGUCAACAAAACUUUGGCAGGAGAACCACACCUCACUUUGUCUCCUUAACCAAUCACCUACUUCCUAAACGUAUUUAAGGCACACCAACCCUCUAGCACUGUUCUUCUCAUUCUCUUAAACCCACCCUCCCUCCCUCUAGUUCCUCGCUUCCCAUUAACAAUCCUAUAACCCUCUCUUCCAUCCUAGGUUGAAUCGGUGAGUCCAAUGACUCUACCAAAAUAUUAGAGAAGGUACCCCCACUCAGAGUCUCUGGGAAUCCGAUCAACCUACUUACCUGUUCACUGUUUAUCCUCUUACUUCCCUUCCCCUUCAUCCCACUGUUCCCUUACCAUCCCUUUCAUGCCUACAAUAGCUGAAAGUGUGGUGUCGUCUAUCCUGAUGAAAAAUAUCCAGGGGGGGCUAAUAAUUCUAACUUCAGCUGUAUCUCUUUCCCUCAGAGAUAAUCGAAAACUCCACGUUUUUGGGUGUUGAGCAUUUUGUGCGGUGAAGUCCACAUUGCUUUAGAGCACCUUUGAUGUUUGAAUGUAUUGCAUCAUCAAGUGUGAACGUUUGCCUGACCAAUAAAUCCACAAUCACCGUGUGUGAAAAUCA